AUGGCCAACUCAGCACUAGAGAUAGUGGGUCUAUUACUGACCCUGAUUGGGCUGAUUGGGGCGGCAGCAAGCACUGGGAUGCCGAUGUGGCGAGUCACAGCCUUCAUUGGGGAGAACAUCAUUGUCAUGGAGACCCGCUGGGAGGGUUUGUGGAUGAACUGCUUCAGACAAGCCAACAUCAGAAUGCAGUGCAAGGUGUACGACUCUCUCCUGGCCCUGUCCCCUGAUCUACAGGCGGCACGGGGGCUCAUGUGCUGCGCUGUGGCGCUGGCUGGCCUCGGUAUUCUGAUCAGUUUACUGGGGAUGCAGUGCACCUCGUGUAUUGCAAACAACGACCGAGCUAAGCGGCUGGUCCUCAUCAUUGCAGGAAGCAUGAUAAUAUUGGCUUGCGUCUGCUGUGUUAUCCCUGUGUCCUGGACAGGUCACGUCAUCAUCACGGACUUCUACAACCCCUUGCUGAUCGACGCCCAACGACGGGAGCUCGGAGAGGCUCUCUACAUUGGCUGGGUGGCCUCUGCUUUCUUGUUGGCUGGAGGAUGCAUGUUUAUGUGUUGCAAUCUGCAGUCUGAGGAUAAAGGUUCAGAGAGGUAUGUGUACUCAAGGAACUCCGAUUACAUGGCAUAUCCUCCACAGACACUACAGCCUCAACAGCUGGUGAGGUUUCCCCAUACACAUCCUCAAUUUCAGCCAGUGCUGUCAAGACACCCAUCAACCAACUACAGCUACCAGUCCAGACAACCGUCUGUCCGCAGCGGGGUGGCUUAUCUCUGA